GGCAGGCUGAGAACAUCCUUCGACAAGGAAUGGAUGCUGUCCACGGCUCUUGGCAGGGGGUGCCUGGCACCAACGGUGGCUGGGGGACAUCCGGGGGCCACGGCUAUCAGGGUGGCCUCAACGGUGCUGGAGGCUACAACCAGGGCAAUCCUGGAGGGCCAGGAACCCCCUGGGCCCAGGGGCACUUUGCAGGCUCCGACGGCAGCUAUGGAGGCAACUCUCAGGGACGACCCUGGGGUCCAGGAGGCAACGGAGGACCGUACAACAUGGGGACGAACCCUCAGGGAGCCGUGGCCCAGCCUGGUUAUGGCUCAAUGAGAGGCAACAACAACCCCAAUUCAGAGUGCACCAACCCCCCGCCGUCCGGCUCCGGUGGCAGCUCUGGCAACUCGUGGGGAACCAGGGAAAAUGGCGGCAGCAAUGGCAAUGGAGGUGGCAGCGACAGCGGCAACAAUGGUGGCAGCAAUAGUGGCAGUAAUGGUGGCAGCAAUAGUGGCAGCAAUAGUGGCAGCAAUGGUGGCAGCAAUAGUGGCAGCAAUGGUGGCAGCAAUAGUGGCAGCAACAGCAAUGGCGGCAGCUCUGGGUCCAGCUGGGACCGACCCUUAGACAAUUCUAGGAAUUUUGAUCAAGGCAGCUAUGCAGACUCCCAGGGCCCCAACUCUGGCUCUUCCUCCGGUGGCAGAGGUGGAAAUGGUGGUGGAAACAUACCCGGGUGUGAAAACUCAGGGAAUGAGGUGCGCGUGUCCGCAGGAUCUGGGGGCCAGGGAUACAAUCCUCAGGGCUUCAGAGGAGGACCAGGAGGCCCCAGUGGCUCUGGCGACAUCAGGGAAAUAAGCAAUCGCUUUGUUGGGGGCCCCCAAGGCAACUACCAGGGACAGGGACAAGGGUAUGGUGGAGGAAGUGAAGCUGCCAAUGGAUUAAAUACCUUGAAUUCGCAGACAGCUCCUGGGCUCUUCAACUUGGACACUUUCUGGAAUAAUUUCAAAUCCAAAUUGGGCUUUAUUAACUGGGAUGCCAUCAACAAGGGCCAUGCCCCACCCCCCAGCACGCGAGCCCUCCUGUACUUCAGCCGACUCUGGGAGGAUUUCAAACACAACACUCCUUUCUUGAACUGGAAAGAAAUUACUCAGGGUGCUGAGGCGGCAUCGCUCCAGAAGCGGUCAAGCGGUUCUGAUGAUGAUGACUCGCCAUUGGACAAUGAUGCACACGUGACUUCAACGAACAAUAAAGCCCCUGCCCUCGGGGAGAGGACUUCUCCUGAGACACUGUCCGCUGACUGAAAGGAGGUGGAAAACCAACCAGCUCUUCCCUCACAUUCCUCAGCUUCCCGGGCACAACCUGACCUCUUGCAGUGUGUGAAGUUUUGGUAGAAAAUGACGUCCACUGGGGACCGAGGCCCUGGGCAGCAUCCCCUGUAGCGAGCCUAGCUGUGCCCUUCAGCCCCGGUGCCACCUGGUGUGGGUGCCGACACCUGCUUUUUCUAAGAUGGGGCCUGGUCUGCCUCCCCCUUGCUCCUCCCUGCUCCGCGGCAGUGUCUUCACUACCAUUGGGCUCUUUGGGCAAACCAGCCACUUUCUUCACAUGCUCCAUUUUGUGACCUGAAGCCAUGGUGACGAUUCUUCAGGAGCCUCCUACUUUUGCAUUUCUCUGCGGAAAUAAAACAUAAAUCUU